ACCACGGCCACCGGCCAGUCAGUGCUUGGCCACAACUGUUGCAGCAGCAGCGGUGGCGGUGGCAGUGGUGCUGAUAUUGGGAAAGCAGUGUCAGGACAGCGGUGGCAGCAAGAGCUGCAGGACUGGCAGAGGGCAAGGCACCAUGGCCCUUGCUCUGCGCCUCUUCCUCCUGCUCCUCCUGGCAGUGGCCUUGACUGCCAGGGCUGCCCAGGCAGCUCCGUGGCGAGCAAAGGAAGCAGAUGAGCAUGCUAGGAAGCCUCCUCCAGCACCCUGGCUUCAUGAAGAUUUGCUGCCUCGGGAGCCUACUGCAGGUGUGUCUGCAGGGAAGACACUCCAAGGUCCUUUGCUGGUUGCUUUAGGCAAGCACAGCUCCAAUCAUAGGGGUCUGCCGAGAGGGAGGAGCAGAGUUACAGAUUUGUUCCUGAAGGCAACAAAUCAUCUGGAAGGAAAUCUGCGUAACCUGGAGAGACUCCGUGAGAUGGAAAGACAGACUGUGCUCAAGGAAGCAUUUCCCGGAGGAAGCAGUGGCACAUUGGUAGCCUCUGCUGAAGGAAGGGAGGUGAUACCCAACACAGUCACAGGAGAUGAGCAUGCUAGGAAGCCUCCUCCAGCACCCUGGCUUCAUGAAGAUUUGCUACCUCUGGAGCCUCCUGCAGGUAGGACUGCAGGGAAGACACUCCAAGGUCCUUUGCUGGUUGCUUCAGGCAAGCCCAGCUCCCAUCACAGGGGUCUACUAAGAGAGAGGAACAAACUUAAAGAUUUGUUCCUGAAGGCAUCCAAACACCUGGAAGAAAACCUGAGUAAUCUAGAGAGACGCCGUGAGAUGGAAGGACAGACUGUGCUCAAGGAAGCAUUUCCUGGAGGAAGCAGUGGCACAUUGGUAGCCUCUGCUGAAGGAAAGGAGGUGAUGCCCAACACAGUCACAGGAGAUGAGCAUGCUAGGAAGCCUCCUCCAGCACCCUGGCUUCAUGAAGAUUUGCUGCCUCUGGAGCCUCCUGCAGGUGUGUCUGCAGGGAAGAGACUUCAAGAUGCUUUGCUCAUUGCUUCAGGCAAGCCCAGCUCCCAUCACAGGGGUGUGCUGAGAAGGAGGAAUAAACUUACAGAUUUAUUCCUGAAGGCAUCCAAACACCUGGAAGAAAACCUGCGUUAUCUGGAGAGACUCCGUGAGAUGGAAAGACAGACUGUGCUCAAGGAAGCAUUUCCCGGAGGAAGCAGUGGCACAUUGGUAGCCUCUGCUGAAGGAAGGGAGGUGAUGCCCAACACAGUCACAGAAGAUGAGCAUGCUAGGAAGCCUCCUCCAGCACCCUGGCUUCAUGAAGAUUUGCUACCUCUGGAGCCUCCUGCAGGUGUGUCUGCAGGGAAGAGACUUCAAGAUGCUUUGCUCACUGCUUCAGGCAAGCCCAGCUCCCAUCACAGGGGUCUGCCAAAAAGAAGGUACAAAUCUACAGGACGUAUUAAGUCCCAGGAUGCAUCCAAACACCUGGAUCAAAUCCGGAGUUAUCUGGAACUACACCAUGAUGCAGUCGGUGUCUCAAGACAUGAUAAAAUUAUGUGGAAAAGGAUGAGAAGUGUUUUCUGCUGGGGAAGACAUUGUUUGCUGAAGUUAAUGGCCAUUGUGGCUGGUGGGGCACUGCUCCUGAUGAUGUGUUUUGCCGGAAUCUGGUAUUGCUACAAGAGGAAACAGUGCUCCUGUGCAGAUACAGAAGAGCAGCCCAAGGGCACAGGCAGCGACAACUUGCCUCGUGACAAUUCUCCAUGUCAGUCCCCAUGUGCCCUGGCGUGGCUGCACCCCCGUCUGCGGUGCACCCCAGCCCCUCCAAAACGAGCAGCCCUGCCCCCGAGCCCCUUGGCCCUGCUCCCCGGCCCAGGCUGAAGUUGGGCAACCCCUGGUUUAUGUUCAAAUAAAGAAGUUGCGUUUUCAGAGC